ACCAUUUCUGCGAAGAUGAUGAUGAAGACGACGAUCUAUCUUUUUCGUCAGAUUCCGAUAUUGGUGAAGCUCUUGACUGGCUCGACGGCACAGAUGAUGACGAGCUCAUCGGUGGCGGGUUCUCUCUCCACGCUCCUCGACCUAACGAUAUGUACAAGGCGAUUACCGUUUUAGAUAUGGCUACUGUCGCCACAAUCCUCGGAAGAUGGUGAAGACUUGGGCUGAAAAAGAACACAGAAAUCUUAAGAGGCUUGAGGCAGCAGGAAUUAGGUGUCCAGUCAUGGAGUUUAUAGGAAGGGAUGGUUGGGCUGCACCGCGACUCAGAGAUGCUGCAUUAUCACUGGACAAGUUGCGCGAGUCUUAUCUAGAGUUGAUUAUUCAAAUGCGAACAUUGUAUCAGAAGUGCAAAUUGGUUCAUGGAGAUCUCAGUGAGUAUAAUAACAUUCUUUAUUUCGAGGGGCACCUUUAUAUAAUCGAUGUUUCUCAAUCAGUGGAUCUGGACCAUCCUCUUACCCUCAAUUUUCUACGUGAAGAUUGUGACCAUGUCUCGGUAAGUUUCUUAUGUAUUGACAGGAUUUUUUUCAAAAAACACGGUGUUGCUGUAAUGACCAUAAGGGAGUUAUUUGAUUUCAUAGUUGUUCCAACAAUUUCAGACGAAGAUGUUGAUAGCUAUUUAGAAGAGCUUUAUGUCCGAAUGCUAUAUAAUCAUCUUAUCUUAUUGGUUGGUUAUGUUGAACAAUCAUACAUACCGAAAUCUCUUGAUGCUGUGAAGAACCCGGAAGCUGAUGUGGAGAAGAUAACCAGCGGGCGAGAUACAGGAGACAUGUUGUACCAAACCAUCACUGGGCUUAAGGAUCCUCUUCCUAAAUUAGAUGAGCAGCAAAUCAAGAUGGAUGUUGAAAACAAAAUAGAGGAAGAAGAAGAAAGUGAAGACGAAAGUGAAAGUGGAAGUGAAGAAGAAUUGGGUCCUGAAGACAAGAAAGCAGCAAGCGCACAAGAAGAAAGUGAAAGAAGAAAAGAGAGAGGCUAG